UGGAAUUCUAUUAAAAUCCGUAGAAUUUUAUUAAACCCGUAAAUGUCAAUCGCAAAAAUAUAAGCUAAAUCUCACCGAGCCCCAAACUUCGGAUCGGCAAUGGCGUCACAAGUUAACGAUCCCCGCCUGCCAUCGGCGGCGAAACCGUACAAGCAGCAGGCAGUGGCUCCUCAGGAUCUUCCAGUAGACUACUCCGGAUUCAUCGCCGUCGUCUUCGGUGUUUUCGGUGCCAUGUUCCGAUACAAGAUAUGUUCAUGGCUCGCGAUAAUUUUCAGUGCUCAAUCACUUGCUAACAUGAAGAAUAUGGAGACUGAUCUUAAGCAAAUCUCCAUGGCCAUGAUGUUUGGCAUUAUGGGCUUGGUGACAAAUUACUUGGGCGUUGGCCCUCGAGCUAGCAAGCAAAGUUAAGUGACUGUAAUAAAGCUUAAUUUGUCAUUUUCCAUUUGCUUUAUGUUUUUAUUCAUUCAACAAUGUUCGGAAAGUUAGCCUUUUUAUUUAUUUUUCUGUUCGGUGGCCUCUUUAUGUAUUUAUUAUUACAUCCUCUGUCCCAGAUUUAUUUUCAUGCUUUCCUUUUUCAUGCGUUUCAAAAUAAACUUCAGUUUUUUUAUGGUAAAGAAUUCACGGUUCAUAUCA